AUGCCCCGUAUCUGGUUCAUCACCGGCUGUUCCUCCGGCUUCGGACGCCAGUUGGCCAUUACGGCCGCUGAGAACAAAGAGACUGUCGUUGCCACCUCGCGCGACCCCUCCAAGCUAUCUGAUCUGACAUCGAUGGGCGUUAUUGCAAAGAAGCUUGAUGUGCAAGCCAGCGAUAACGAAGUCAAAGCGGUUAUCGACGACGUUGUGUCUACUGUUGGACCAAUUGACAUCCUGAUACGAAUCCUGAGGGCGGCUCUCCCCUCUAUGCGCGCCCACAGAUUCGGGGUCGUUACCAACUUUGGGUCAAUUGCCGGCUGGCAGAGCGCUCCGGCAGUGGGCGUGUAUUGCGCCACGAAGGCCGCCAUCGCGCUCUACACCGAAACCCUACGCAACGAACUAGCUCCUUUCAACAUUGAGGUCACCUGUGUUGAACCGGGUUACUUCCGCACCAACUUCCUCACUGGUGGCCAUAAGAUCACUGCCAAAAACCGCAUUCCCGAGUUAGACAGCUCUAGGACGGGAUUCCUUGUCCGCUAUUGCGGGCAGUAUUGCCCGCGAACAGGAGAUGCUUGA